AUGUUAUUAUGUGUGUGUGUGUGUAUUACACAACAGUUAUUCAGCUAUUCGAACAUCGGCACCGUGAACACGGUAACCGGAGUGAUAAGUCCCACCAACCUGAGUCUGCUGUCCAAUCCGGGCGGCAGUCCGUCGUCUUCAUCGGGCGGCGGCAAUGGCGGCAGCGGUAGGUCUCGCGGACACUCGCAGACGACGUUACCGAGGUGGAAUACGCAGUGCUCGUCAGGACCACCUUUCAUCACUCUCGACGAGGACUACAUGAUGACGCCACUGAUGUCCGGCAACGGUGGACAAGGCAACGGCGGCACACUGAUCGACGACGACAGAUACUUUAACAGCGUAGUUCACCAAACGGACGGCAUGGAUAGGAUGGACACAAGCGAAUCUCAACACAUCCAAUCGUCGAAUUCAGGUGGUCGGAACACCCCGAACUCGGUUGACGGACAACAAGACAACAUAAGCAAACCGCAGACGUAG